GCUAACAUGCUAACGACUUUUUCUAGAAGGUGUAACGUUAGAAGUCGCCCGGAAACAACUGACCCGAGUACCAGUGAACACCAGGGAGCACUUUGAGUGAUUUGAUGACCAUGGGACGGAGCCCGAGGAGACCCCUGAUCCUCAGAAGAAGAAAGUUGCCUUUCCAGCAAAAUGAUCCUCCAGCAGCCGAGCCGCAGAGCCAAGCUGAUGCUUCAACCUUCAAAGAACCUCCAAAAUCAGCUGCCAGUCAGAGCUUCCCUGAUGGCAUCUGCAUUAUGGAUCACCCCUCCAAGUCUGACACACAGGUGGUCGUCAUCCCCAAAACAGCAGAUCUUCAAGGUGUCAGCGGGGCCCUCACGGCCAAAGGCAAAGAGUGUGGUGUCCAGGGGCCAAACGAGUUCAUCCUUCUGAGUGGGAAUGGCGGCCUGGAUGGUGGAUGUUCAUGUCAGGCUGCUGCUGACGGGGAUGACGCCUCCACAGCUGGACAACCAGUGGAAGCAGAAGCUAUGUUCAGCUCCCCAGAUGCUAAACCUCUCACUGGAAUUAAAGCAUUGAAUAAGGAACUGGAGUGUGGCCCUUUAGAUGACAGCCUCACCAAUAUUCAGUGGCUGGGCCAAAUGAACAUGUGCACCAUCAAACCAGAUCCUGCCAAGAAGACGACCAACAAGGAGAACCAAACACCCUCACAGUUACAGACUCUUCAGGUGCCAAACCCACAGUUUGAUGCAGAUGCUGUCCAGCAGCCCAUGCCAGAGAGGCCACCAUACUCCUACAAGGCCAUGAUCCAGUUUGCAAUCAACAGCCGAAAGACCGGGAGGGUGACCCUGAAAGAGAUUUACAUGUGGAUCGAGGACCACUUCCCUUACUUCAGAGAGGUGGCCAAACCAGGAUGGAAGGUGACGCAAAGUGACGCCCCAGCUGUGGUAAUGUAUCCUCAGAAGAAUAAAGACCUCAAGGUGGAGGUGAAGGAGGAGCCGGUAUGGGUCCCCAUUAAAUUCGAGACUCCCAAAGCCCCCCCAAAGAGACAAGCCAGCAGCUCCCGACGCAAACAGCGCCUGGUUCCCUCUCAGCACGAGGAGCCCAUCCUCCUGUGCCUUGACAAUACUUUCUUUGACUCUGGCGUAGCCUCUGACACCUCAACUUUCCAAGACUCGCGAGACACCGAGCCGGACGAGCCCCAGCAGGGGCAGCAAAGCCCCGAUCGGGACUACUCCUUCAAGACUCCCAUAAAAAGUAGCAGCCACCUGACCUCCUCCACGCCUAGUAAGCCUCCCUCUCAGGUCUUACCCGAGCCGUGGAAAGUGACCCCUGUGGGCAAAGAGAGCCAAAACGUACUGGACUUCAGCCCCUUUCGCACACCAGGCGGCCCCGCGGUCACGCGGCGGCAUGACUACACCACCUUCAACUUCAACAGCACUCCCUUUGAAGAGUUGCCUCUGUUUAACUCCCCCAGAGAGCUGCUCACGUCCGCUCCCUCCAGAGUGACCGGACUGACAGACUCUCCCAUCGAGUAUCACAGAGGCAGCUGCUCCAAUGAGCUGCUUCAGGCACCCGCUAACCUCUUGGUCACAGAGGGCCUGGCCCUGGAUACAAUGAACGUCAGCCUGAGUGAGAUUCUCGUGAACAUUAGCUUCACUGGUCUGGAUGGUGAGGACUUGGAUAUGGCCAGUAUCAGCUGGUCUGACGUCAUCUCUCAGUUAUAGUAGCCGGAGGGACAAAACGCAUUUCAUGUACAGGGACGUAGAAAGAAAAAAGAUUCCCGCACACUGUUGCCAAACUUGCAAAGUAUUUAAUGGGACAAGGCAGCUACGUUUCGGUCAUUACAACCUUC